AUGAGUGGUGUUCAAACAGCUGAGGAAGCGAUGGCCGGAACCGGCGUUGGGAAUGAUACGAACACGCCCGAUGAGUUGGCUGGGCUGACACCUGAGCAGGCUGAACAGCUCCGUUCUGAAUGGAGCCGCGAGCUGGCCCAUGUUGAAGACGAGAUCGCUACUCUGCGCACUGUUUUGCAAAGCAAGAUUCGCCAAAGUUCCGAAUUAAAACGAAAACUUGGCAUAACUGUUUGGAAAGAAAUCACUGAAGAUGUCAAUCAGGGUUUAAAAAAUGUUAAAGAAAGCUCAGUCUAUCAAACUAUAGAAACUCGCGUGGCUGCGCUUACACAGGCUGUGACUGAAGCACCAAUAUACCAAAAAACUGAAUCUGUGAUAAAAUCGACUGCGGAGAAGACAACCUCAAUACUUGGUGGCAUCACUGCCGGAAUGUCGAGCAAGAUAGGCCAGAUGCGAAACUCCGAUUCAUUCCGGUCCAUCGAAGAACGCGUUGGCUCUGCAUAUGAAAAUGUUAAGGGUAAGGUGUCGUCCAGAUCGAACUCAACGCAGAGCUUCGACGAGGCACUGCGCGACGCCAGCCGUGCGGCGAGCGGCGCCACGUCCCCGAUCAUCCCCGAGAACAAGCCUCUGUCCUAA